AUGCAGAACCUGAACGACUUCGACGCGCAGAUCAGGGAGAUCGAAGAAGAGAUUGCCGACCGAAAGACCGCGAUAUGUCCGACUAAGCACCACCUGGCCCUGCUCUUGCACCCUCACCGUACUGUCGAAGAGCGUCUCGAAGACCUUCAUGUCCAGCAGACGGGAUGCGGCCUUACUCUGCUCAUGGCUGAAAGCGACAAGAACCUGCAUCUGGGUCGAUCGCCCGUCGAGACGGACGUUGACACAGCGUACAUCCUCUACAAGAAAGUCCGCGAGGUCAAGGACGCCACCGGCUUGACGGAACUGGAAGCGCAGCUGGAUGAUCUCAGGAGGCAGAAGCUGUGCGCGGAAGAUCCGUCGCUCUGCCUGAAGCAGCUCGAAGGAAACGCCGUGACCCUGGACAAGCUAUGUGAACGGACGCCAGCUCUGCGGGAAGCGCUUGAAGCCAUUGACCGUCGCAAGCGAGCCUUGAUGGACGAAACGGCCUAUCAGGCGCUCAUCGGCGCUCACAAUGCUCAGAGUCGUGCUGCACGGACUGUAGCAGAUUGCGCGAAGGCGGCUGUCCAAGUACUCGAGCAGGCCGCCAGCGCACGGAGCGGCGUACCUGUUGACGACUUGCUACACGACAUCGACAUGCUCAAGCAAGUCCUCCUCGACGCCGGUCAUGGCGACCUGCUUGCGAACAGCUCGGUGGUUCGCGUCAAGCAAAUGGCUGCGGAGGGCACGCCGCCCGCCGUGACGGUUAGGAUACUCGGGAAAUGUACGUUUCGGCAGCAGAGCAUCUACAAGCUGGCAACGUCGAGGUGGGGCGCCUGA